GCUGCCCGCGGGAAACCUUGGCCCGGCUGGUGCAUUCCGGGAGCGCGAACCCCCCUAGUGCCCCUCGGAUCUCCGCGCGGAGGCACCGCUGUCCCCGGUACCCCGAGCAGCAUGUCGUCCCCGGCGUCGACCCCGAGCCGGCGCGGUAGCCGGCGCGGGCGGGCCACUCCAGCGCAGAUGCCUCGAAGUGAGGAUUCCAGGUCAUCUCCGUCUCAGAGACGUCGAGGCGAGGAUUCCACCUCUACAGGAGAACUGCAGCCGAUGCCCACCUCCCCUGGAGCAGACCUGCAGAGCCCUGCAGCGCCGGACACACUGUUUUCCAGCCCUCCUCAGAUGCAUUCUUCAACUAUUCCUCUUGAUUUUGAUGUUAGUUCACCACUGACAUAUGGCACUCCCAGCUCUCGGGUAGAGGGAACCCCCAGAAGUGGUGUUAGGGGCACACCUGUGAGGCAGAGGCCUGACCUGGGGUCUGCUCGGAAGGGCCUGCAGGUGGAUUUGCAGUCCGAUGGGCCAGCAACAGAAGAUAUAGUGGCAAGUGAGCAGUCUCUAGGCCAAAAACUUGUGAUUUGGGGAACAGAUGUAAAUGUGGCAACGUGCAAAGAAAAUUUUCAGAGAUUUCUUCAGCGUUUUAUUGACCCUCUGGCUAAAGAAGAAGAAAGUGUUGGCAUAGAUAUUACUGAACCUCUGUACAUGCAACGACUUGGGGAGAUUAAUGUUAUUGGGGAGCCAUUUUUAAAUGUUAAUUGUGAACACAUAAAAUCAUUUGACAAAAAUCUGUACAGACAGCUCAUCUGUUACCCACAGGAGGUUAUUCCAACUUUUGACAUGGCUGUCAACGAGAUCUUCUUUGAUCAUUACCCUGACUCAAUUUUAGAACAUCAGAUUCAAGUAAGACCAUUCAACGCACUGAAGACUAAGAAUAUGAGAAACCUGAACCCAGAAGACAUCGACCAACUUAUCGCCAUCAGUGGCAUGGUAAUCAGGACAUCCCAGCUGAUUCCAGAGAUGCAGGAGGCCUUCUUUCAGUGCCAGGUGUGCGCCCACACAGUGCGGGUGGAGAUGGACCGUGGCCGCAUUGCUGAGCCCUGUGUGUGCGAGCGCUGCCACACCACCCACAGCAUGGCGCUAAUCCACAAUCGCUCUGUGUUCUCUGACAAGCAGAUGAUCAAACUUCAAGAGUCUCCUGAAGAUAUGCCUGCAGGGCAGACGCCUCACACUGUCAUCCUCUUUGCUCACAAUGACCUUGUUGACAAGGUUCAACCUGGGGACAGAGUGAAUGUUACAGGCAUCUAUCGAGCUGUUCCUAUUCGAGUCAAUCCAAGAGUGAGUAAUGUGAAGUCUGUCUACAAAACCCACAUUGAUGUCAUUCAUUAUCGGAAAACUGAUGCAAAACGUCUGCAUGGCCUUGAUGAAGAAGCAGAACAGAAACUUUUUUCAGAGAAGCGUGUGGAAUUGCUUAAGGAACUUUCCAAAAAACCAGACAUUUAUGAGAGGCUUGCUUCAGCCUUGGCUCCAAGCAUUUAUGAACAUGAAGAUAUAAAGAAGGGAAUCUUGCUUCAGCUCUUCGGAGGAACAAGGAAAGAUUUUAGUCACACAGGAAGGGGCAAAUUUCGCGCUGAGAUCAACAUCCUGCUGUGCGGUGACCCUGGGACCAGUAAGUCCCAGCUGCUGCAGUACGUGUACAACCUGGUCCCCAGGGGCCAGUACACAUCCGGGAAGGGCUCCAGUGCAGUUGGCCUCACUGCGUAUGUCAUGAAAGACCCUGAGACGAGGCAGCUUGUCCUGCAGACUGGUGCCCUUGUCCUCAGUGACAAUGGCAUCUGCUGUAUUGAUGAGUUUGACAAGAUGAAUGAAAGUACAAGAUCAGUAUUGCAUGAAGUCAUGGAACAGCAGACUCUUUCCAUUGCAAAGGCUGGGAUUAUUUGUCAGCUCAAUGCACGCACCUCUAUCCUGGCAGCAGCAAAUCCUAUCGAGUCUCAAUGGAAUCCAAAAAAAACUACCAUUGAAAAUAUCCAGCUUCCUCACACGUUACUAUCAAGGUUCGAUUUGAUAUUCCUCAUGCUGGACCCUCAGGACGAAGCCUACGACAGACGUCUGGCUCACCACCUUGUUGCUCUGUACUACCAGAGCCAGGAGCAAGUGGAAGAGGUGUUCAUGGACAUGGCAGUGCUGAAGGACUAUAUUGCUUAUGCUCACAGCACAGUCAUGCCUCGCCUGAGCCAGGAAGCCAGUCAGGCUCUUAUCGAGGCUUAUGUAGACAUGAGGAAGAUUGGUAGUAGCCGAGGAAUGGUUUCCGCAUACCCUCGGCAGCUGGAAUCGUUAAUUCGUUUAGCAGAAGCCCACGCAAAAGUACGGUUUUCAAACAAAGUCGAAGCAAUUGAUGUUGAAGAAGCCAAACGCCUCCAUCGGGAGGCUCUAAAGCAGUCUGCAACUGAUCCCCGGACUGGAAUUGUGGACAUAUCUAUUCUUACUACAGGAAUGAGUGCCACCACUCGUAAACGGAAAGAAGAGUUAGCUGAAGCACUGAAAAAACUUAUUUUAUCCAAAGGCAAAAUACCAGCUCUAAAAUACCAGCAGCUUUUUGAAGAUAUUCGAGGACAGUCUGACAUAGCGAUUACCAAAGAUAUGUUUGAAGAAGCACUGCGUGCCUUGGCUGACGAUGACUUCUUGACAGUAACUGGAAAAACCGUUCGAUUGCUCUGAAGCUCUUGUGAGCAGUGCUGUGGGUAUGCAGGCCAAUCAGCUGCCACCAUGGAAAUAGACUCUUAAAGUCAUUAUUUGACUCCAUAAAAAUUUUCUAACCUAGGUUCAAUUUUCGUAGUAAAGUGUGUAAUUUUCAUUUUUUUUAACGUUUUAAGUAAAAAUACCUUGCCAAUUUACAAACAUACAGUAGAGAUUAUUUUCUUGAAGUGCCGUUCUGUAUAUGCAGAUAGCAGGAUGUGGGUCUUUUUUGAAGAUGGCAGUCUAGGUCGUGGUUUUUGUGCUAGACUUUCUAAUGACAAUCACCCUUAUGCUUGAGGUUUUUGUAAUAUGAGAUAGGACUUAGCCAGGGCAUAUCAUUCCAUGUGAAGUAAUGAAGGACCAGACCAUUUGUCCCUGUUUCAACUCUCAAGUGUAAUUCCUUCUAGAGGCUUAUUCUCAUGGUUUGUAUAAGAUGAAAAAUGGGUGGUUGAAAUGAUUAGGCUAACUUCUACUCCUUUAUCCUAAUAUGUAAAACUUUUUCCUAAAUAAAUG